AUGUCCGAGGCGUACGUGGAGAAAACGCAGACCGAGCUUGGCGCAAUCAUUUCUUCGCCCAAACUGACUGAAAAACUUCUCUUAAAACCCCCGUUUCGCUUUUUGCAUGAUAUCGUGACAAGCUUCCUUAGCGCAACGGGGUUUCCGAAGGGGCUUUACCCCGACGCGUUGCUUGACAGCAGCAACGUGACGGAGAAGACAAUAAAAAUUGAGUUUUUGACGCAGUUGAUUGCAGCCGUGGAGGCGGGGACGGGGAAGAAGGUGGCGGCGCAGCCAACAAAGAUCGUCGCGGGGCAGGAGGCAGAGAAGACCAACGAGUUGCUGCAGCUCCUCGCUUCAUGCGCUAAGCUCACGGCCGAGCAGAAGCACGCGGCGGUGCAAAAAGCAAAAGGGGGCGGCAGUGAACAGCCGGCGGCGGAUAAAAAGGCGGCCGAGCAGGAGGCGAAAGAAAAGGAGAAGGAAAAAGAAGUGGAGCGGGAGCAAAAGGCUGAAGAGCGGCGUAAGCGGAAGGAAGAGGAGAAAAGGCGUGAGGAGGAGAAAAGGCGUGAAGAGGAGAAAAGGCGUGGAGAGGAGAAAAGGCGUGAAGAGGAGAAAAGGCGUGGAGAGGAGAAAAGGCGUGGAGAGGAGAAAAGGCGUGAGGAGGAGAGAAGACGUGAAGAAGAGGCCGCCGCAGCAGCGGAAGAAGGGAAAAAGAAGAGGAGGAAGGAAGAUGAAAGUCUCCCAGUGGGUGAGUCACCCAAAGUAGAGCAACAACGACAGGAGGCGGCCAAUGCGUCUGGGAAACAACAAAAAAGCGGUGAGCCCCAUGGAAGCCAUAAUGAAGAAAAAGAGGGCAAAAAGAAGCAUGGAGAAACUUUGGAGGAAAGGACACAAAAGACGGGUGAUGAGGAACGUCGCAAACGGCAUGAGGAACGGCGGCGUCGCGAGAAGGAAGCUGCAGAGAGGGAAGAAAUUCCAACGGCCGACGAAAGUUUGACGACGGUCACACGUGCCCCGCGCGUAGAACAGCGCGUUGCGUCUACUGCUCCUACUCCUAAUGCUGCUGCCUCGGCCGCAGGGAAGGCGCCACCGCGCACGAAACCGACGCAUGAAGUUGUGGACGGAUCUCAGUUGGAUGCCGUGCCAGUCUCUGGCGUUAUUCGUGAGAAAAAACGCACGCCAGGUGGGAAAGCACAGGAAGCAGAGGAUGAAAGUGAAUGGAUGCGAGUUGCUGAACAACAGAAUGCGAAAACGGUAACAAGUGGCAGUGGUGACGGUGGAGGUGUAAACGAAGCGGAGGCGAAGGGUUACUUGGGGCAACAAGCGUUGAAGGCAAAAAGAGAGCAGGAGGAGGAGACUGCACGCCGCGCACAGGAGGCAAACGCACGUGCCCUUCAAGGCGGGAGCAGUGGCGGCGGUAUCAUUAUCCACAGUUCAAAAGGCGGCAAAUCCGGCGCGGCGGUGGCAGAGAGUGAGCUUAGCAAGCUGCGAGAGCAACUGCAGCUCCUCACAAAGGCCUCCAAUCCACUUGGUAAACUGUUGGAGGCAAUCUUUGACGACAUAGAUACCAUGGCAAGGGAGCUGGAGAUGUGGCGCUCUGAGGCGCGAAGUCAGGCACUCGCCGCAGCGGAUGCCAGGCGAGAGACGAUGGAAAGUCUGCAGGAAGUAAACGCCCAACUUCAGAACUUGGAGGAUGCGAUUAACGACCAAAUUCUCAAAACACACAACAUUCGCCGAAGUGUCAUUAAUAACGGUAACGCCAUUGCUGGAAUGGUCCGCAUGAUUGUUAGUCCUGAAAUUGGAAAGCGUUAG